AUGGCGAGCGUGGCGUCUGAGCAGCCCCCCGAGUUGGAGCUGGAAGCGGCCGGGGAUCGUGGCGGCUGCCGGGAGCGGCUGGAGGCCCUCGAGGAGCAGGGCGCGGCGACGUCCGAGGAUGCGGAGCCGGCGGAGAUGUCAUGCAGAGACGCGGUGGCGCUGCUGGGGGAGACAGGGCUGACGGUGGGCUGCUGCAUCGCGGCCGCACUGAGCUGGGAGCGGCCCCUCCACAGCCUGGGCGGCUUCGUCUGCGCCAACCUGUUAUUCUGGUUUGUUGCACUGACACCUUGGAGAGUGUAUCAUCUAACUUCUCUCAUAGUACUUGGAGUGCUAAUUCUUCAGAUAAUAAAGGAUUUGGUAUUCUCAAGGAUAAAAGGUGCACAGCUUUGGAGGACCAUCACUGGCAACUGGAAAAUCAUUGAUUCCAGGCAAGACUACAGACCCAGAAUAAAUCAGUGCAUUUCAGAAACACUUAUGAAUUUACUUGUAUUUCUUCAAGAAAUGUCCCACUUCAAGGAACAAAAUCCUGGCAAGUUUUGCCUGCUAGUCUGCAGUAUAUGCACAUUUUUCACUGUCUUGGGAAGCUACAUUCCUGGAGUUGUCCUUUCUUAUGUCUUGUUAUUGUGUGCCUUUUUAUGUCCCUUCCUUAAGUGCAAUGAAUUUGGACAGAAAGUGUGCAGCAAAAUUAAGACUGUUCUGAUGAAGUUAGAUUUUGGACUAGUGGAAUAUAUCAUCCAGAAGAAAAAAGAGAGAUCUGAAACGGCAGAAAAAAAACCCACAGAAGAUGACAGUGAAUUAGACAUAUCAGCUCUGUGUCCUAAGGUUAGUCCUACAGUUGUUGCCAAAGAGCUGUCAGUGUCUGACACAGAUGUAUCGGAAGUAUCUUGGACCGAUAAUGGGACCUUUAACUUAUCUGAGGGGUAUUCUCCACAGACAGACACAUCUGAUGAUUUUGACCGACCUAGUGAUCAUGAAGAAGCUUUCACUCGAGAUCUUUCAGAAUUUCCUUCUUUAGAAAAUGGUGCUGGAACCAAUGAUGAUGAUGACUCAAGCAUCAGUAUGCCUAUCCAGAAAAAACAAAGAAAAGAACAAACAUAUUUCAAGGUGGAUCAUGCUUCUAGACAGAGUAAAGAGAGACCAUCCACUAGAGGGCUUUCCUUGCCUUUGACCGGUGACCAAACCUUUAACUUAAUGAGUGGAAUUGCUGGGGAUGUCAUCGCAGCUGCAGUGUCUGCUGCCAUCAAAGAGCAGUUGCAGUCCACACAGCAAGCUCCCUCACAUGCAGUGCCCAGUUUGAGUGAGGAGACAGACACAGAGGAAGCUGAUGAUUUUGAACUGCUUGACCAGUCUGAGCUUGAGCAGAUUGAGAAAGAAUUGGGACUUUCACAAGGCCAACAAACAGAAUCCCAGGAGAAGAAAAAGUCUUCAGGCUUUCUUUCAAAUCUGCUUGGAAACCAUUAA